AUGGGUUGGGAAAAGAAGAUGGUUUUAUUUCAAAGGAUGUGGAUAAUCUUUGAAAGUGUUUGGUCCAGGGUUAUCUUGUGGAAAGUAGAGGGAUUGGGUGAUGAUGUUUAA